CAGAAAACCCUCCUCCAGCCCCGGGACAGGCUCCAACGGCGCUGCAGGAGCCAGGCAGAGCCACAGCGCCCCGCCCCCUCUCCGAACGUCACUUCCGCUUCCGGGAGAGUCAGGAACUACAUCUCCCAGCCCGCCCCGGGGUUCGCUUCCCCCCCCCAACUCGGGUCAGGGGUUCAGUAGCUGUUACUGCGCAGGCUCCGUGCGAGCCCCGCUCGUGCUCCCCUCCCCCCCGCCUAACGUCACUUCCGCUGCGUGUGACCCGGGAGCCCGGGCUGAGCAGCGGCUGCUCCCCCCUGGGGUCUGUGCGGGGGGGGCGGGGCGCGUCAUUAACCCCUCCGUGCCCGGCCGGGGCGGGGGCUUUCUCCAGCCGGGACCAGCCCCGGGCUCUGCCCGCCCCAGCCCCGCCUGGCAGGAGGGGCCGGGUCUGCGCUGGGACACGGAGAACAAGCAUUUUCCCAGCGUGGCAGAAUCCAGGGCUGCAGAAUGACGCCCACGUUUCCCUCCAGCUCAUCCCGCCCUCCCAUGGGACAGGGGAGAGACAUGGCUGCAGUGGGGCCAGCUCAGAGGCUGGUGACCUUCGAGGAGGUGGCUGUGUAGAAGAGUGGGCUCUGCUGGACCCCGCUCAGAGAACCCUCUACAGAGACGUUAUGCAGGAGAACUAUGAAAAUGUGACCUCGCUGGCUGGUGAUGCAAUGGAGUGUGAGAAAGAAGAGCAGAAUUCUCGGCCAGAAAAUGUUGAGCAAGUGGAUAAACACAGAGAAUUAUCGCAAAGAUUGAAAAGAAAUGCAUCCAGGAGUCAUGAGCAGGGAAAAUCCUGUGAGACUCAUCACAGACCAGAAAGAAAGCAGGGAAACCAGCCAGGGGAGAAGGAGGGUAAGUUAAUUUCAUGUCAGGGAAUUCACAAGGACCUCAAGGAAAUGGCAACACAGCAGGAAAUCUUCCAGGGAAAGAGAGAAAAAACAUGUACUAAGCAUGGGGAAAACUUGCGUGACUACUCAGCCAUUAUAAAGCAUCAGAGGAUCCACACAGAAGAGAGGCCCUACGAAUGCAGUAAGUGUGAGAAAACCUUCAAUCACAGUUCAAAUCUUUUUAGGCAUCAGAGAAUCCACACAGGAGAGAGGCCCUAUGAAUGCAGUAAGUGUGGGAAAAGCUUCACUCGGUCUUCAGGCCUUUUUCAACAUCAGAGACUCCACUCAGAGGAGAGGCCCUAUGAAUGCAGUAAGUGUGGGAAAAGCUUCACUCGCUCUUCAGGCCUUUUUCAACAUCAGAGAAUCCACAUAGACGAGAGGCCCUAUGAAUGUAAUAAGUGCGGGCAAAGCUUCACUACCAGGUCAGCCCUUUCUAAACAUCAGAAAAUCCACACCGGCGUGAGACCCUAUGAAUGCAGUGAGUGUGGAAAAACCUUCAAUCGCAGCUCAAACCUUAUUCGACAUCAGAGAAUCCACACAGGGGAGAGGCCCUAUGAAUGCAGUGAGUGUGGGAAAAACUUCACUCACACUUCACACCUUAUUAGGCAUCAGAAAAUCCACACAGGAGAGAGGCCGUAUGAAUGCAGUGAGUGUGGGAAAAACUUCACUCACACUUCAGGCCUUUUUCAACAUCAGAGAAUUCACACAGGGGAGAGGCCGUAUAUAUGCCGUGAGUGUGGGAAAAGAUUCACUACCAACUCAGCCCUUUCUGAACAUCAGAGAAUCCACACAGGUGAGAGGCCGUAUAUAUGCACUGAGUGUGGGGAAAGCUUCACGACCCGUUCAGCCCUUUCUGAACAUCAGAAAAUCCACUCCAGCGUGAGACCCUAUGAAUGCCUUGAGUGUGGGAAAACCUUCAAUCGCAGCUGGACCCUUAUUAGGCAUCAGAGAAUCCACACAGGGGAGAGGCCCUAUAAAUGCAGUGAGUGUGGGAAAAACUUCACUCACAAAUCAGCCCUUUCUGAACAUCAGAGAACCCACACAGGGGAGAGGCCCUAUGAAUGUCGUGAGUGUGGGAAUACCUUCUCUUGGCACUCAGCCCACGUUAGGCAUCAGAGAAACUGCAAGGGAGAUCAAGACCAUAAAAACCUCUAGGGCUAUCUGUACUUUUCUUCUUUAAUACUUUUAAUCAUAGAAUAUCAGGGUUGGAAGGACGUCAGGAGGUCAUCUAGUCCAAUGCCCUGCUCCAAGCGAGACCAAUCCCCAAUUUUUGCCCCAGAUCCCUAAAUGGCCCCCUCAAGGAUUGAGCUCACAACCCUGGGUUUAGCAGGCCAGUGCUCAAACCACUGAGCUACCUUCCCCCGCCCCCCGAGUGGCCCAUUUUUGCCUUUUGCCAUUCACCCUGUUUUGAAGUUGACCCAUAUGUCCUUUCUAUCAACUCCAUUGUCCCAUGAGUAAUUCAAGUGUGCCCUUCCUACAGGGAACCAGAGAGCAUCACAUUUAUACCAUUCCUCCUAUUGCAAAGUUAUUGUCAGAGUCACCAAUGAUAGAUUGUAUCAUUGCCAGUUGUUCUCGCGUUGCUCUGGGUUGUGCUGAAGAGCAGUUAUGUUGAGAACUUUUAAAAUUAUAUUUAAAGGAAGAGGACCAGGGAGAGGAAAAACUGUCAUUUCAGCCUUUGUGACACUGGAAGGAGAUGGGGAGACUCAGAUUCCCUCCUUCCCCAUCAUUGCAGAACUGUUACCUUUUGUUUGAGCCAUGCAGAAUUUAUCUUCAUCACAUUCUAUCCAUCCACUUCUCAAAGUGUCAUGUGAUGAAAUGUUCUCAGCUGUCUGUGCUUGGAGAUGAUGCUUUGACUUCUUUAAUCCUAUAUCAGUCUCUAUGACUGGAGAUGAAAGUGUCAAAGACCUGGAAGGGGAAUUCAAAUGGAUCCCAAACACAGUGUGAUCAUUUGGAGUUUAAAUCCCAGAUUCCAUCUAUUUUUAAAGCCACUUCUGGCUAGGUGGCUGUGUCCCUCUCCCCCCCCCCCCCCGUGCGUCCCCCCCAUUAUUUGGAUGCUAGAAUACAAAAAAUGUUGUAAAUAACAUAACUGACUCUUGAGACAGUGCUGAGUGAAGUAUGUUUGAAUGGAUCAGAGAAGAAUGUGAUGGGAGAAUCUCUUGUCCCAAUUCUGAAUAAUCAGUUGUAACCUGCUCUGAAAUUUCACUUGACACUUUCAUUGUCAUGUAUUCUAUCUCUCUGUGAUGUGGGUUUCUUUCUUUUCUGAAUGCCGUUUGGUCACCCAAACGGAUAUUAGUUCAGUUUGGUAGGAAGUAGUGCAGAUUUACUGGAGAAUUUAAGACAAAUGACCAUUUGCUAAACUGAUCAUUUCUCACUUCAGCUUUGCUUUUUCCACACCCCUCCAUGAAGACGUGGAGAAAGUUCAAGUGCAGUUCUGUCAAUGGGGAGAACUCUCUAAAUCACCGCUGUUUUUGUCCAGUAAGUUGAACAAAGAAACAGCUAACAAAGAAACAGGAGUGAUUUAAAAUCUUCACUCAGAAAUGGUGAACAACAGCAGAACCCCAACUAAUUGGUGGAUGUGCAUAUGAUUACAGUGUAUUUCAAUUGUUUAAGUCAAUAUUGUCUGUGAUAAUUGGGAGAGAGAAUUCCACAGUAAGUGAUUUUGAACUAGGCAAAAUGCCCAUGUAUUUGGUUCCCAAAGCAUGUGUAACCCAGGCCCUAUAGAACAGCGCUCCUAGCUAAUCCUGUGGUGUAGGAGAUGCUGCCCUUCACAACACAGAUAUUGAGGAAAUGGGAUUGAAUGAAUUUAUCCUUUGUGGGUGCUAAAAAUGUGUGUAAAAUGAAAUCGGUUUUGGAAAUGUAAUAGCUGCAGAAAAAUCCCUAUUUUUGAAUAGAAUCUCCAGCUCUGGUAACUAAGAGAUUCUGAUCCAGUCCCUUGCCUGGAACUGUGCCACCAAAUUAAAGAAAAGCUGGGCAUGUUUUGGGAAGCUAUUCCUCACUAACCCUGUUGAGAUUUUGGAGUGGUUUUGUAAAGGAUUCUACUUCAGAGAAUUGUAAAUUUACCCUACCCAAGGACAAGGAUUUUGAAAGAACUGGGAUUGAAAGAGUGCACACUCAGUUCUUGGUUUCCACCCCAGUAAAGGAAGCUAUGGUGACCUAUGACCCACGGAAAACUGUUUGCACAACUCCACUUCUUAGUGCAGUGUCACUGAUUACAGUUCCAGAGGAUACUAGGGUUAUACUGAGAACAAUCAUCCUUCACUCUUUGGAUCCAAAGAAAGAGAGCUUCAUAGGACAUUCCUUUCCUGUGGGUCCCAAACUGACGUUCUGAUUAGGUAACAAGGACUUUCAGGCUAUAGAAAUGAUGGUAACCAUUGAGGCAACGAAUGUGUCAGGCUCCAAUUUCAGACUUCCGGAUACUCGCAUGUUGAGUCCUGAUUCCAUGGUUUUGCAUCUGGCCCUCAGGCUACACAAUAAAAGUGAUGUUGCCACAGCUGCACCAAUGUAGCUGUGCUGCUAUAACACUGCUAUUACAGAUGCUCUAAGCCAAUGGGAGAGAUCUCCUAUGUUGGACUUUAUUAAUCCAACCCCCACAAGCGGUGGUAGCUAUGUUGGCAGGAGAAGCUCUCCUGCUGAUGUAGCGCUAUCUAUGCAGGGAGUUAGGCCUGUGAAACUAUGUAGCACAGCUGUGUGGAUUUUUCACACCCGUGAGCUAUAUACUUUUACCGAUAAAUGUCUUUAGUGUAGACCAGACAGCUUUAUCUUUUGUUGUAUGCAUUUACAUCCCUUCUCCUCUACCUUCUCCUACUUUGAAAGAUGAAAAAAAGAGUGAAAAGAGGUAUUUUUCCUCAUGAUGCAAAUGUUCCCACAUAGGAUACUUCGUACACCAACACACAAGGAGAAGAACUAGAGAUAUAUGAACUCACAGAAGUGGUUGGGACAAACCACAACUUAAGCCAAGGUAUAGCUGUUGGCAGUGGGGAUUAAAAGAAAAACUAAUAUAUAUGACAAGAAUUUGUGGUCUUUGAAUAUGUUGUUGUAACCAAUGAAAAUGAAAUUAUAGGUGAAGUGAUUGGUUAAAGAGUAAGAGACUAAUUGUGUGAUCUGAAUUCUUUUGGAAAACUGAAAGUUGUCUUGUUUUUUGUUUUGUUAGUUGUACAGGAAAUGAUGGCUAAUCUUGAAAAGUUAAUUUGAUUUAAUUUACUCCCGGAAGUGUAAGGAGUUCUGACAGAAAACCUCACUCCAAAGGUUGGGGUGGGAGAAUGUGUGAGAGAAAUAGUGACAGGUUUAGAGUAGCGUCCAUGUUAGUCUAUAUCCGCAAAAAGAACAGGAGUACUUGUGGCACUUUAGAGACUAACAAAUUUAUUAGAGUAUAAGCUUUCGUGGGCUACAGUCCACUUCAUCGGAUGCAUAGAAUGGAACAUAU